GGUAUGAAGAUAACAACGGGGAAUAGAAAGCAAGCAAUUAAGACAACAGUCAUCCCUCUUGAACGGAAAACAAGGAAAAGAGCACUAGCGGCUUUGUGUCACCGUCCUCUCACGCUGCACGUGCAUGAAAGUAAUUCCACCCAACUUUGGUCAUGUGGAGGAGGGCAUCUUCCGCUGCGGUGCACCGGAGCCGCGCCAUUACGGCUUUCUUGCCUCGUUAGGACUGCGGACGUGCAUCCUCCUCACCGACACCCACGACGGCAUGUUUGUGCACUGGCUGCAGGAGACCGGCGUCAUGAUCUUCUGCCCCCUGUCGAGCGAGGCGCAGACGCGCAGCAGCGUCCGUGACGGCCCACACGUCUACAGCACCGUGAGCACGUCGGAGAACAUGAGCUUCCCACAGCCGCUACGCAGCAGCGGCGGCGGCGGCGUGCGAGAAGGGGCGACGACGUCCGGCAGCGCAGCGGCGACAAACGCCGGGGGAGGAGGGAGCAGCAACGGCGCGCUCCACCACCACAACAGCCGCGAUGACGGACUGGAGGAGUUCGCUUCGCCCAACGGCGGCGCGGGCGAUGGGCUGAACCCGAGCGGCGGCAGCGGUGGCCGGCUCGGACCGGUCGAAGGCUCGUACCUGCUGAAAGAGGGCGAGGAGGGCGCAGACGGCGGCGAGGGCGGCGUCGAUGGCAGCGGAAAUUAUAACAGCGAUGGCGCCUUGAACACCACCAACCACAACCAUACUAGUAGCAGCAACAACAACAAUCUCAAUCUGAAUGCCGCAGCUACGACCAGUGGUGGCAGUGGUGGUGGUGUGGGCGUCAGCGCAAAUCGUGGUGGGUGGGGGAGCCAACGUACGACGACCAGAAGCAGCACCGGAGCGGCGAUCGCUGGCACUUCCAACGCGGUUCGCUUUCUGCAGGAAAAUGUGGUGGAGCGGCAGGUGAGCACCAAGUUCUCGCCGGUGCUGGUGCAGGAGCCGAUGCACUUCCCCGAUGGAGUGCGCAACAACGGCGGUGGUGGUGGUGGUGGCAACGCUGGAGGUGGCGGCGGCCUCUACCAGUUCGUGUCUGCCCCGUCGUACGAGGGCCGGCUGCACGGGCUUAUGACGCUGUCGGAGGCUGUUGUCGUGAGCAUCCUGCACAUCCUGCUAGACCCCCAGUACUACCCGCUGCUCAUCACGUGCUCGAAGGGGCGCUACCGCUCCGGCAUUGUCUGUGGUUGCCUCCGCAAGUUGCAGGGCUGGAAUUUGGUGUCGAUCUUGGAGGAGUACCGGCGCUUUGCCGGGAACAAGAGCCGCGCCGACAACGAGGAGUUCAUCGAGCUGUUCGAUGAAGAGUUGGUCAACUUGGAGUUGCCUGACGGGCGACGGCCGACGAUUCUCUAUAACGUGUAG